AUGAUCCGUUCUAUUCACACCUUCUCUCUGGUCCCGUCCUCCGCGCUUUCUCUGCCGUCUGCGUCCGGAUUCGUAUCGAUCGAGGUAGGAAGGUCUCCACGCUUUCCUUGCGAUCUGCGUCCGGACUCUUCCAUUUCGAUCGAGGGAGGAAGGUCUUCUCGUCAGCGAACCACUUGAACCCUAAAUUCCCAGGCAUGGGCCUUUGGACAUUGCUCGAGGGCCUUUUGCUCCUUGCAAAUGCAUUGGCGAUACUGAACGAGGACAGGUUCCUUGCUCCCAGGGGAUGGAACUUCAAUGAAGUCUCAGGAGCUGCCAGAGCCAAGUCAUUGAAGGGGCAACUAAUAGGGCUCAUUUACGCAACCCAGUAUCUGAGAGUUCCACUAAUAAUUCUCAAUGCCAUCACCAUUCUCGUGAAACUGGUUUCGGGUUAGCAAGUGAUGAACUUGGUCACAUAGUGUUUGUGGUCUGCUUUCCUCGGAGCCAUUUUUGUCCCUCAGGUGACUUUGUAGGUACACCAUAUAAUAAUCGGUCGGUCAUUUUCUAGAAUCUAGUCUUCGUAUAUAUAUCCUUGGAGAUGCCAGAAAAUCUAUGCACAUCAAAGUUGAAUUUCUCAUCACAACUGGAAGUUAAAAUUGUAUACUAAAUAAGAUUUCAUUUCUUGUA